UUUCUAUAUUUUAUGCAGAGAAUCAUACCGCUAUAUUUUUAAUAUUUAGCAACAAUUUUAUAUUAUAAUAAUAAUCUCUGACGAUUGUGUGAUAUAAAUGUCUUAAUAAAAUUCAAUAUUUAAAUACAAAUUCACUGCUGAGACUUCUACGAAAAAGAACGAAACUUAGAUUAAUUAUAAGAAAUUAAAUAAAUCUAAAAACGGCAGACGGUGACUAGUUUUUAAAAACUUUUAUAAAAAAGAAUUUGUCAAUCUGGUUUGUGUGAUCAAUCGACAGAAGAUCGGCAAUGGACGUAUCGACUAAUACGAUUUAUCGCGUCUACGCGGCAAAUGCGAGAGGGAUUAAGUUCGGAUUGAGUUUGACGCGGAAUUGAUUGACAGCGCGUUUGAAAAUAAUCGAAUAAUGGAAAGCAGCAGCGGUCAUGAUCACAGUCGAACGCCGCGAUAAGCAUCCGCUGGUGAUAUUGCGCGAUACUAAAAACGAUAAUUCCAGAAACGAGAGCGUGACAAACGGCGAAAGCGUCAGCGUCGAGAAACGAUCCUGCAAGUCCCCAUUGCAAAAACGGGAAUACGACGACUGUAACGAUCCCUCGGACUUAUCGCUUGCAAACGACAGAAUAGGUACCAAUCAUGAAUCGAAUCAUGCCAAGCAUGAUUUCGAACGAUAUCAUUGGAAGAUUACCACAGACAAUGGCAAUAACACAGACGCGUUACGCGAGGGAAGCGAUUCAGAGCGGCGCAAGGAGGAUGCGGAAGAAACGUCGAAGACCAAGAAGAAGAGAAAGCGGAGAUUUUUAACAAUCUGCACGGCGAACUGCAAGUACGACGUGGUUAGGCGCGUGGCCGCGCGUUUCGGGAUGCGGGAAGUUACGGAGGACAGCAGCUGGGAUCUCUAUUGGACCGACCUGAGCGUCAGCGUGGAGCGUGUCAAGGAUAUGAGAAGGUUCCAGAGGAUCAACCACUUCCCCGGGAUGACGGAGAUAUGUAGGAAGGAUCUACUCGCUCGUAAUCUCAACCGCAUGCAGAAGCUGUUCCCGAGGGACUACAAUUUUUUCCCGAAAACUUGGUGCUUCCCCGCGGACCACGGCGACGCGACGGCUUACACCAAGACGCGGAGGUCGAGAAUCUUCAUCAUCAAACCGGAUACGGGCUGCCAAGGACGCGGUAUUUAUCUAACAAAGCAUUUAAAGGACAUCAAACCGAGCGAACGUUUGAUCUGUCAAGUGUACAUCGCAAGGCCCUUCUUAAUAGACGGAUACAAAUUUGAUCUACGUAUUUACACGUUAAUCACAUCGUGCGAUCCUCUUAGGAUCUAUGUGUACAACGAAGGACUCGCGAGAUUUGCGACCAGCAAGUACAAGGAACCGACCGGAUACAAUAUUUCUAAUAUGUUCAUGCAUUUAACAAAUUAUUCCGUUAACAAGCACAGCCGACUCUAUAUCAUCGACGAUGAGAUUGGUAGCAAAAGAAAAAUAUCAACGUUGAACAAAUGGUUAAAUUUGAAAGCUGUCAAUGUAAUCGAAUUGUGGGGCAAGAUCGACGAAAUUAUAAUUAAAACUAUAAUCGCCGCGUAUCCCGUGUUGAAACACAGUUAUCACGCGUGCUUCUCGACGCACAACAAAACUUGCGCGUGCUUCGAGCUGUUGGGAUUUGACAUUUUACUCGACUGGAAGCUCAAGCCUUACCUUCUCGAGGUAAAUCACUCGCCAAGCUUUCAUACAGAUGCACAGAUAGAUAAGGACGUAAAGGAAGGAUUGCUGAUGGACACUUUCGAUAUAUUAAAUUUACUACAAUUCGACAAGAAGAAAAUAAUAGAGGAAGAUAGGAAGCGAAUCAGAGAGAGACUUCUUCAAGGCUUGAACGGGAAGGAUCUUAGUAAAAAUCUGAUGAUAAAUCGAAAUGUUACAAUACGCAGUCAAAUUAACGACACGGCAACUUCGAUGAAAUCCGAGAGAAACGAGAACGAUUACAUGCAGAGGCAGUUUCAGUGGGAGGACAACCACAUGGGCAAUUUCCGAAGAAUUUAUCCGUGCUUUGACGAGAAUAAAUAUCAGCCUUUCUUCACGCAGAAUGCCCUUUCCGUUUUCCAAGAUACGGUGGCGUCAAGAGCGCGAGAGGAAGCGUCGAGAAUAGAGAGAGAGGAGAACGAGCUAAAAGCGAGGGGGGAAGAGCGCAAGCGAAUAGUCGGGAAAUGGAGCGAUCAAAAAUUAGGCCCUGAAAGUUCAAACGCAUCAAGGAAAUUGCAAGAGAAGAGCAAAUCCGCCGGUGUGACCAAGAAAAACAUCAAUAAACAGGACGCACAGGGAUCUCCUACCAGCGCCCUGUACUCCUUCGAGCCUGAAAUCAUAUCGGAGUCCGAGGAGAGGGAACGAAUAACGGCCCUGGCGCAGAGGGAUUUUCUCAUCAAGAGCUAUGGCAUGCUCGAACAGAUAUACGUGGCGAUGAGGAGAAACGGCAUGUUACGACCCGCCGACGAGAGAAAGUACGGAUUGUACGGCAGGCUGGGAUUACACGCAAACACGAGCCACAGCACACGCUGCCCCUCGCACAAGUCCCAUCGUCAAAACGGCCAUCUGGACGUCACGCAACUAACCGCGGACCAAUGUCUGCGAUGUUUCCUCAAGAGGGACGAACACAAAUCGGUCAACCAUCAGCGUGAAUUCAAGAAUUCAAAGAGAAGCUUAACGUGGAUAACGUGUAACGAGGCGCUCGUUUACGUUCGUCCGAAAAUACCGCAAAAACUGUGGACAGAGGAAAUGAACACGAACAAUCACAUCGGACGCGUGACAAAAGCACACGUUGCCAGAACAUUGUCGAAUACUGUGCGACUACACACGCUCGAGAGAAGAGAAUUCUCCCAUUCGGCGAAAUCUAACAAUAAAAUUGACGUCGCCACUCAGCACUGAGAAUGAAAUGGGCCAUCAUGUUCAUAUAUCUAAGAAAAAAUAAAGAAACAUAGUACGAUUAGAGAAUUAAGUUUUCGAAAGAUAUAAAUGGAUUAAUAUAAAAUUGACUAAGAGGAAAUUUAGACGGCUAUUUAUAAGGACCUUCCAAUGUGCAAUUGACAUUGCCGAUAUCGAGCACAAAUGGAGAUUAGUAAUAAUAAGAUUCGCGUAAUAUUGAGAAAUAUCAAUUUCACAUUAAAUAUAUUACCUAUACAUUCCUGUAAAACAAUUGCUCAGCCGCGUUGGGAAAAGUCUUCGUUAAGUAAAUUCUUAUUCCGACGGGAACUCGAGUCGAGAUGAAAUGAGGCAAGUCUUAUCGAACGUCCGGGAAUGCAACGUGUCCUCGGUACAUGAGCGGAUGCUGUUUCAAGGUAGAGAACAGUAAUAUAAAAAUCAACAAUGUAUCGACUUGUUAUUUAAAGUGCCAUAUAAAUAUGUACAAUAGAUAUAUAAGUGAAACAUGUACACGUCGCAUAAGAGUGGGAGUUAGGUACGCGCCGGGUGCGUAUGUAAAAUGGCCAUACACACACACAUUACGUAGACGCCAGUCUAUAUAAUAUGUAUAACAAUUUUUAUUGCUGAUAUAUAUUCUGUAUUCACAUGAUAAAAAAUAAUCUAUGAACAAUUUGUCGCGUGCUGGUUUUUUUUUUGCCCCGUUCGUGAUAUUGCGUCCACGUUAUUUUUGAGUCGCAGCGUCUCUCGCUCUCUCCUCCUGCCUUUUUCUCUUCAUCUAUUAAUCUUAUCGCGUUUCGUGUCGCAAUCGAUAAACCAAGCCCGUGGUGGACGCGUGAAUGUUUCAAGAAUUGCUACGACAAAAUCGAGAAGGUUCCGAAGUUCCGGGAUAACAAUAAAAUCCGCAAUUUUUUACAAAAUAAUACUGUGUAAAAUGUGUAUGCGUGUGUUUUGUUUAUGAUGCCUGUGUGUAUGUGUGUGUCAGUAAAGCGAUGUGCCGAAUCGGCGCCGAAUUGGCAACGACAAGUUUCUUUGUGCGUUGCUUUCUCUUAAAUUUCUAAAUCACGGUCGGACUUCCUAAGUUACAAUUUUCCCUUUUCCUUCGAUCUAUAAAACGUAAUUGCAUCAAAUAAUAGCGACACCGCAGAACCCAUGCACGUAAGACGAUGUAACGUCGGUCUCCUUGACUGUAAACUGCGUUAUGUUACGUCAUUAUAAGAACAAGAAUUAGUGCGAAAUACAUCCAACACAUUAUGAUCGAUGAAUCUUUUUUUUUUUUAACGUGUGAUAUAUAUUAUUUACAUAAAACCACUGUGCGACUGCGACAAAUA